GGCGGGGCUUGUCUGUACGAUUGGCCUUGCAGCUGAUCAACGACGCCAACGCUUAUUAAGGUCCAACCCCCUACUUCGCCCGAGAGCUUCGAACCUCAAAGUACUAUACUCUAAGGUUAUCUCUUCACCGUCGCUACCGAGACAAAAGGUAGAGAGAUCAACCAACAUGUUACACUUACUACCUUCUAUCGCUGCAACUUUUCUCUGGGCAGCGACGACUGCAGCAGCAGCAGACGCCGCCGAAAUCCCAUCACUUUCACCAACCAGCUCCGUCACUGGCAAGGCGUUCGAUCGCUUCAUCACCAUAUGGUUGGAAAACACUGAUUAUGCCAAGGCUGCGGGAGACCCAAAUCUGAAAUGGCUCGCCGAGCGCGGGAUAACACUCACCAACUACUUUGCGCUCACGCAUCCUUCGCAGCCAAAUUAUGUCGCCGCAGUGGGUGGCGACUACUUCGGCCUCAACCACAACGGCGACAUCUCCAUCGCCUCCAACACCUCCACGAUCGUGGAUCUGCUCGAGCCCGCCGGAAUAAGCUGGGCUUCGUAUCAGGAGGGCAUGCCGUACACGGGCUUCACCGGACACGAGUUCAACAACCCACAAACAAAGGCAAACGAGUACAAGCGCAAACAUAGUGGGCUGGUCAGCUACGACUCCGUGGCUAAGAAUGAGAAGCGCCUGGGUUUGAUCAAGAAUGACACACUCUUCCAUGAUGAUCUGGAUGCCCGGAAACUGCCCCAGUGGGUCUUUUUCACUCCGGACAUGAGGAAUAAUGGCCAUGAUACUUCGGUCACGUUCGCCGGGAACUGGACGAGGUCUUUCUUGGAGCCCUUAUUGGACAAUGAGUACUUUAUGAAUAAUACACUUAUUCUGGUUACGUUCGACGAGAACCACUCGUACACCAAGCAAAACCGUGUGUUCACCAUCCUCAUGGGAGGAGCCGUUCCGAAGGAAUCGCACGGGACCAUCGACGACAGCUAUUAUGACCAUUACUCUGAGAUUUCCACUGUGUGCGCGAACUGGAACCUUUCCACUCUCGGUCGCUACGAUGUCGGCGCAAACGUCUUCUCCCUGGUUGCAGCGCGGACCAACGACACCGUUCUCCCACACCCCGACCUCUCAAACGUCUAUCUCAACGACUCGUAUCCGGGUCCCUUCCACAAGACACGGUGGGCGCCCGAGCCGCUACCCAACAUCAGCCUGGUCGUAAAUGGGCGGGAGGUGGCCCAGAGCAUCAAGAAUGAAGUCCGCGACAAGCAGGGCAUGACUCCGUACAAUGGAAGCCUUGUCAUCCCGGAUAGGCGGCACCCGCCAGUGGGCAUGGCGAAUGGGUACGGAACCCCUCAAGCAGGGGAGGGUGUGGGUGGUAAUGGCACUGAUGCUCAGCGUAGCGGCGCCGGGAGGAGUUCCAGCAGUGCUCCGGAUAUUGGCCGGCUCGUACCAGUGGCAUGGGCUGUGGUUUUUGCGACGACCACUUGGGUCGGCGGCUUUUGGUGAUGCCGGAAAGCGGAAAAUGGGACGGAAAGGGUGGAUUUGUGUCUUGCUGUGAUGUAUCGCAACUGGUACGGUACAUAACAGACGGUAAAGUAGUAGUGUACAUAGGGUUUCGCGAGCUUAAUUCACA